AGCAUUGAGUUUCACAUCGGGACAGCAAAAAAGCUUUUGUAACUUUCUGCCAAAUGGAGGGUCCCUAGUUUCUCUCUCCUUUCUCUGCUCUCUCCCUGUUUCUGCAUAGCGAAAUUCUCACUACUGUACUCUCAUCAUCAUCAUCUUCUUCUUCUUGUUCUACCACCGGAAAUCGAUCCAGAAGCUUCUUUUGCAGAUUUUCCUUUGGUUUGAUUCAAUUGCAUAGAUCUAUUCUUCGUUUUUUUUACUGAAAGGAAUUGAAGGAUAACUUAAGAAGCCGAUGUCUCCACCACUGCUUGGUGUUGGGGAGGAGGAUGGCCAAAGCAAUGUUACGCUCAUGGCUUCUCCAAUCUCCUUAGAUAGUGUAUGCCAGAAUGGACCAGAGCUCAAAGAGUGGAACUAUAUGGGAUUGUCUGACUGUUCAUCAGUGGAUAGCUCCACUAUUUCUACCACAUCAGAAAACAAUAGUGGCCGUGGACUGAAUUUGAGGGCAACUGAGCUGAGACUUGGACUUCCUGGAUCACAAUCUCCACAGAGGGAUUCCGAGCCUAGCACAAAGCUUGAUGAGAAGCUACUGUUCCCACUGCACCCUGCCAAGGAGAGUAACUUUACUCUAUCACAGAAGACAGUGGUUACUGGGAAUAAAAGAGGGUUUUCUGAUGCUAUGGAUGGGUUCUCAGAGGGAAAGUUUCUCUCCAAUUCAGGUGUCAAAACAGGCUCUAUGAAUGAGAGCCUAGGCACGCAACAGGCUAAAAUGAAAGAGGUUGUAACCCAAAACACAAUGCAAGAGAGGCCUCGAGCCACUGAUGAGGACAUUCCGAACCGAGUUGGAGGCGGUGCCCCUGCAACAAAGGCUCAGGUCGUAGGUUGGCCACCAAUUAGAUCUUACAGGAAGAAUACAUUAGCUUCUGCCUCAAAGAACACUGAAGAAGUUGAUGGAAAAGCAGGACCUGGUGCCCUUUUUAUUAAGGUCAGCAUGGAUGGUGCUCCUUAUCUGAGGAAAGUGGACCUGAGAAUGUACUCUGCAUACCAGGAACUCUCUUCUGCUCUUGAAAAGAUGUUCAGCUGCUUUACCAUUGGUCAAUAUGGAGCUCAUGGAAAAGAGAUUUUAAGUGAGAGCAAAUUGAAGGAUUUGCUUCAUGGAUCUGAAUAUGUCCUCACUUAUGAGGAUAAGGAUGGCGAUUGGAUGCUUGUUGGUGAUGUUCCUUGGGAGAUGUUCAUUGAUACCUGUAAGAGGAUGAGAAUCAUGAAGAGUUCGGAUGCCAUUGGACUGGCCCCAAGGGCCAUGGAAAAAUGCCGAACCAGGGUAUAGGCAAUAUCUACACAUGAUUGAAGCUAUCCAUCCAUCCGACAGAUAUCACAGAGGAAGCAAUGGGUGAUCUUAAAACUUGAUCCUUGUUUGAGUUGAUACACUCACCAACUGGAUGUUGGCUUUGGAUAGCACAUCAUGGGUAGAUUGGUUUACCUCAUUGUUAUAUUUACAUUCUCGUAAUUGAUGUUACCUAAGCUUUGCAUCCUGUCUAAUACGGAGUACAGAACUUGCUAGAACCCUUCUGGGAGUUCAUCUUAGACUCGCAAUGUGUGGGGUGAAUUUGUGAGUUCUUUUAGAUGAAUAGUAUUAGUAUGUAAAGCGAAUUGUUGAACUUAUGUGUGUACUCAAGUACUAAGUUUGCUGUUAGCUUGAUUCCUUGUCUGUGCACCAAAACACCAAGUUUCUUUACUUUGCAUAUGAAUAAAUGUGUGCUUGUUAUUCUUGCUGA